AUGGCUUCCGAAAAGGAAGUCGAGUCUCGAGUGGGACCUGGAGAUGGGCCAGAACAACCCAAUAAUUCUGCCACGGCACCCAUCAUCAUCAUCUCAGAUGAUGAGGCCGAAGAUGAUCACGCCGACACAGCAGGCAGUGUUCAGCACUCUCAGCAGCGCGCUGACAUGGCGUCUGAUGUCACGGCGCCGGCGGCCGAGAGUCAGCAGCCUUUACAUGCUGCAACGAAGGCACAGAAGGGCUCUCCGUGUCCCCCAACGAAGCAGAAACAAGACCCGGGAUUGGAGAAACCCGUCAAGAUGAACGACAUCCCAGCUUACAGCGGCAGCGCCGAGCUCCAGAAGCGAUCGUCGCCCACUGAUUCGGCGAAGAUUAAGGUAGAGGAGCCCCAGGAGACACCCAUUUCGAACGUGGACCAAGCACCACAGAGCAAGAAGGCCCAGCAGACAACGCCCAAGAAGAAAGAUAGGGGAGUGGCAAGAAAAACUGCCCAAGAGUACUGGCAACGCGAGGAUAAGGAGUUUACUCAAAAACUCCUGAAUCUAUGCGCCAGGGCAAUAAAGAAGCCCGAUGACUCCCAGAACGACUCUCAAGUGAGUGAUUCAAAACGUCGGAAGGGAGAGAACGGUGUUGCCACUCCCGUCUCCACGUCCAAAGCCGGCAUCAUCCUUCAGAGCCGCGACCAGAUUACCGCACGAGCAUCGAUGGCGGGCAUGUCUUUUCUAGACCCUAUCGCCGCAACCACAAAGACGGACCUGAUGCAGGCGGACGUGCCUGGUACAGAACUCCUGAUCAUGGCCAGUAGAGGUUUCGGACAUAAUAAAUGCACACUCAACAAUGUCAGCCAAGAGUGGCAAGUCCCAGGCAUGAAGUGCCACCUUCGCCCACACCAAGUCAUCGGAGUUUGCUGGAUGCUCGCCCGAGAGCUUAUGGGAGAGAAACCGCUCGGCGGCAUCCUGGCCGACCAGAUGGGGCUGGGAAAGACUAUACAGAUGCUCGCCUGUAUGGCCAGCAAUCCGCCAAGCAAGCGCGACAAGAGGAAGAUGGGAUCAACAUUGAUCGUGACUACGGCUGUGGAUCAAUGGAUCAGUGAGAUCAAGCAACACACCGAGGUUGACGAACCGUUGCGUAUCCGAGGCAACGAGAAACGCGGGCUCCCAUUGCAGAACGUCAGACCGAGUGAGAUUGUGGUCACAAGCUACGAGGAGGUGAUGCGUAGUUUCCCACGGGGUACAAAGAACGAUUCAGGUCAAGAGGCAAUGGAUGACUUUGAGAAGAUGAAGCGUGCCGAAUGGAUUGAGAAGUACAAGAAGGAACUGAGAAAGAGCGGGACGAUCUUCCUGAUGGAUUGGCACAGGGUGGUUCUGGACGAAGCUCACAAGAUCAAGAAUGCCAACACAAGGACAUCCAUUGCCUGCCGAGCUCUCAAGUCCAAGUAUCGGUGGGCAUUGACAGGCACUCCUAUCCAGAACUAUUGCAAGGAGAUCUAUCCAUACCUUCAUUUCCUCGGAACCGAAUGGCCAAAGAACAGAGAAGACUUCACGAAAGCACUCCAGCGUCGAGCAGAGAUGGAGAAGACCAGACUUGUCCACGAAUACAUCUCCUAUUUCUUCUUGAAACGGGAAUGUGACGACAUGUUUCUGGGCCGGCCUCUUCUGGACAUCCCGACUCCAUACCCGAUACAGACAUGGUGGCUUGAUAUGCCUGUCGACGAGCAAAUCAUUUACAAGACGAUCAUGCGCGCUCUCUCCGAAUGCCUCCAGAGAGAAAAAUGCAGUGAAGAGGCCGAGGGCAAAGAGAAGAAGGAGAAUGCACUCGUGGUCUUUCGGCGUGCCUGUCAAAUGAUAUCUCAUGCAUUCGCCGCUGAGGGCUUCUACCUCAGAUGGUUCGACGAACCCGGCCUUUGUUUGCUCGCAGACGAUCUUCGGGAACACCAGUGCUCAACGCGACUCCUGGAUUUGAUACACCGCGUUGUUCUGAACCGGCCCUUGCCUCAGGAUACCGAGGCCUCGAAUAUAUCCCAGGCUGACAACGCUCAGAAGCAAGUCGAACGAGCGGCUGCCAUUCUCAAGGAAGAUGUCAGUCUAUUACGAUGCCUGAAUGCGCACUGCAACACGCCAGGGCUUCAGCUCCAUAUCGGUCAGUGCAAACACGCGCUCUGUCGGCAUUGCUUCGAGGACUUCACAAAGGAAAUCGUCGACGAUAGAUACCCGUGUCCAAGUUGCAACCGUCCCGGAAGGUGGACAGCUCCCGAAGAACUCAACAAGCCCACGAUGACGGGCGAGGCCGGAUUCACCGCAGUGCCGUUUACUCCCAAGGGCAGCGCCCGCAGAGGCAAGAAGCAGAGAAGGGCAGCGCAGCGUGAACUCCGGCCUGGUGUUGAUCUCAACGGCGUGGUUGCCAAGCCACAAGGAAAAGCUCUGUUCCUCAAGCUCUCAGACGACCGUUCACUGGAGCCAACCAAGGAGCCGAUCAAGCAUAGUGCCAAGACGGCGGCCACUAUGUACAUCAUCGAGAAAUGGCAAUCUGAAGCACCGGAGGACAAAAUCAUUGUCUUUACCCAGUCCAGAUACGUCAUGGGCAUCUUGGCUCGCAGUCUGUCGGCAAAGAAACUCGGUUUCCUCUACUUCGAGGGCGGGAUGAAUCCCGAGCAGAAAGGGAUGGCUUUGGAGGAGUUCCGCACUAACCCAAAGUGCAAGGUCUUGAUCGCCGGCCUGAUGUCGGGUGGACAGGCCUACAAUAUGACAUGUGCGAACCGAGUCAUCCUUGUUGACCCCUGGUGGAACGCCUCGAUCGAGCGCCAAGCAUUUGGUCGUGUUCAUCGUCUGGGGCAGAAGAAGACUUGCCACUUUGUCCGCCUGAUGAUGAGGGAUUCUAUCGACGAGGGCAUCCAUCGAAUGCACCAUGAGAAAGAUGCUGUCGUCGAAGGCGUUACGGAGGGAAGCACCUUGAGCCUUAAGCUCAUCUCAAAAGUGCUCGACGGCAUGCUUGAGAAGCUCGAGGUCGACUGGACACAAGCGCAGACGGCCGAGGACAUGGAUUUCAGCAAGCUGGUACUGACCCCGUCUGUUGACAACACCGCAUCUGGAGAGCACAAGAAGAGUACGCAGAAGCGGAAACACGGCGACAUCAACGCCAGCGAGGAGUCGAACGAGGGCGGCGGUUCUGACAUUGAGGAAGAGCACGACUCGAGCGAGAAUGCCUCCGGUGACGAUGACAGCAGCUAUGAGGAGGACACCAACGAUGAAUAA